UCGAUAUCGAUAGCUACUAGUUUUUCUUGUGCAACAAAAAAACAAUUUGUUUUUUAAUUGUUAAGUAUAGCAAUUUAAAAUGCCGGUGGAUUGGUUUGGUUAUGCAUAUGCUGCGACAGUUGCGGCGGGCGGCAUCAUGGGCUAUGCAAAGGCAGCAUCGAUUCCUUCGCUUGGAGCUGGCCUUGCAUUUGGAGCUCUACUCGGCUAUGGAGCCCAUCUAAAUUCCCAGGAUCAACCACGCCCCAUGCUCCAGUUGGGCACGUCCCUGUUCUUGGCUGGGCUAAUGGGUGCCCGCUGGAAUCGUUCUGGAAAACUAAUGCCUGCCGGCGUUGUCUGUAUGAUCUCCGUGGUUGCUCUAGUGCGAAACCUGGUGUCGUACAACCGCUACUUGCCGCUGUCUACAAGCUCUAAGGGAGCUUAAAGCGAUCUAAGCUGGUUUUCCAGCAGCUCGACUUGCCGGAGAUUUUCAAAUAAUUUUUCCAUUAUAUGUACUCAUCUUGCGUUAUUUGAUUAAAAUUUUUUAUUUUGGUGCUUGGACCUAUGAUACUUAAA